AUGUGGAUCUACUUUAUGGGACUGGUGGGUCUCUACUACCUUCUGCACUGGUACCGAGAAAAGAAGGUGGUGAGCCACCUUCAAGACAAGUAUGUCUUGAUUACAGGCUGUAGCUCAGGUUUUGGGAACCUACUGGCCAAGCAGUUGGACUUGCGAGGUUUGAGAGUGCUGGCUGCAUGUCGAUCGGAACAAGCAGCAGAAAAUCUGAGAAGUCAAACAUCAGAUAGGCUGGAGACAGUGAUACUGGAUGUUACCCAGACAGAAAACAUUGUUGCAGCCACCCAGUGGGUGAAGGAACGUGUUGGGGACAAAGGUCUAUGGGGUCUGGUGAAUAAUGCUGGCAUCUGCAUGCCUUUGGCACCCAAUGAGUGGCUGACCAAACAGGACUUUAUGAAAAUACUGGACGUGAACCUGUUGGGGCUGAUUGACGUGACCUUGAGCCUGCUGCCCCUAGUGAGGAAGGCAAGGGGCCGAGUGGUCAAUAUCUCCAGCAUCAGUGGCCGGCUGUCUGUAUGUGGAGGGGCCUACAGCAUUUCGAAGUAUGGUGUAGAAGCCUUCUCAGAUUCCCUCAGGAGAGAGCUGGCAUCCUUUGGGGUGAAGGUGGCUGUGAUUGAGCCUGGUAUAUUCAAGACUAAAAUGACUGACAGUGAUAGGAUUUCACAGAGCAUCCUGGAGGUGUGGGAACAGACCAGCCCAGAGGUCAAGGAGGCCUAUGGCAAGGAGUUCCUGACUUCCUAUCUCAAACUAUCAGAAAGAAAUCUUAGUAACUCUUCGUCAUCACUGUCCUUGGUCACAGACUGCAUAGAGCAUGCACUGACUGCCUGCCACCCCCGAACCCGAUAUUCAGCUGGUUGGGAUGCCAGGUUCCUCUACCUCCCUAUGAGCUACCUGCCAACUGCUCUGGUGGAUGCCUUGUUCUUCUUGGAGUCCCCAAAGCCUGUCAAAGCCUUGUGA